AUGGCUGAAAGGGAACUCUCCACCGUGCUCCAGCAGCUCCACCAGACGCUCAAGUCGCACAACUACCAGCAGUCGACCUCAUUACUAGGCAAAGCCAAGAUCGCCCUCCUCAACCUCAACGCCCUCAUCCCACAAGAGAAGACACCACGGAAACAUCUGCAGCUCGCACGUGAGACGCUCGAGCUAGGCGCCAUCAUCUCCAUCCGCCUCAAAGACACCGAGUCCUUUACCCGUUACUUCCAGCAGCUCCAGCCCUUCUACUCCCUGCCAGAGUCCACACUACCCAAGGAUGGCAGCAAUUCCAGCAAGGUCACAGGUCUAUAUCUGUUACUGCUGUUGAGCGAGGGCGACUACGCGGGCUUCCACACACUGCUAGAGACGCUCGAGGUGGCGGCUGCGCAGGCAGGCGCAAAGCUCGAAGCUGAUCAGUUCAUUCAGUAUCCCAUAAAACUGGAGCAAGCGCUUAUGGAGGGAAGCUACGACAAGGUGUGGGUCGAGACAAAGAGCGAGAGGGUGCCUGGCGAGGAGUUUGCUCUGUUUACUGAGAUUCUCAUCGGCACUAUCCGCAAGGAAAUCGCGUCCUGCAGUGAGCGCGCAUACCCCUCCAUUCCCAUCUCCGACGCCAAAUCACUCCUCUUCCUCGACUCGGAAGGCAGCGUCGUCAACUUUGCCAAGGAAUGCGGUUGGGUUGUCAAGGACGGACGGAUAUACUUCCCUCAGCAGGAGGACGAAUACAUGAGCAAAGACAUCUUGGUUACAAGUGAUCAGGUCAUUGAGAACACUCUUGGUUAUGCGAGAGAGUUGGAGACCAUUGUCUAA